AUGGUAGAUAGAUUUAUGCCUCUAGUAGCAGCAAACUCUGCAAGUCCGGGCAUCUUAUUUUUCCAGAAAGCCAAUUUACCUGCACACCAAUGGCAGUGUUACAAGGAACUUGACAAUUUAAAUUUUUUACAGGGUAUCCCUGGAGCCAAGGGAGAGCGCGGAGAAAGGGGGGACCUGCAGUCUCAAGCCAUGGUGCGGGCAGUUGCACGUCAGGUGUGCGAACAGCUCAUCCAGAGUCACAUGGCCAGGUACACGGCCAUCCUCAACCAGAUUCCCAGCCAGUCCUCAUCAGUCCGGACCAUCCAGGGGCCUCCUGGGGAGCCUGGCAGACCAGGGUCACCUGGAAACCCUGGUGAACAAGGACCCCCAGGGACCCCAGGCUUCCCAGGAAAUGCAGGCAUGCCAGGGACCCCUGGAGAACGAG